AUGGGGUGUGUGCUCGGCCAACACGAUGAGACCGGGAGAAAAGAAAGAAGCGAUAUAUUACCUCAAGAAAAAUUUAUCGAGUGUGAAAUGAGGUAUCCGCCAAUUGAGAAGCUAUGUUAUGCUUUGGUGUGGACAACACGAAGGUUGAGGCAAUACAUGUUGUACCAUACAACUUGGCUAAUCUCAAAGCUAGACCCUCUCAAAUACAUGAUGGAGUCAACCGCUUUAAAUGGAAGGAUGGCCAGGUGGCAGAUUCUACUCUCCGAAUUUGACAUAGUCUAUGUAAACCAAAAAGCUGUGAAGGGGAGUGCAAUAGCAAAUUUCCUAGCCAGUAGAGCUUUGGAGGAUUAUGAACCUUUGAAUUUCAAUUUCCCCAAUGAAGAUCUAAUGUAUGUAGCAAUCGCUGAAGGGGACAUGCCUGAAAAUCAUUCCUGGAAAUUAAAUUUUGACAGAGCAUCAAAUGCCGUUGGAAAUGGAGUUGGGGCAAUACUAUUAUCCCCAAAUGGAGAUCAUUAUCCGUUCACUUGCAAGCUAGAUUUUGACUGCACAAAUAACAUGGCAGAAUACGAGGUAUGUAUCAUGGGAAUUGAGGCAUAUAGACCGAAAUCAAAGUAUUAG